AUGAUUGAUAAGACACCAAUCGCGGACCAUGUGAUUUUGAUAGUCACUUUUGAUGGUAAAGUUCGUCUCCUGAAGAAGCUGGGAAAAAAUAAGUUUUACAUGCCACAUGGAUUCCACAUUGAUAAGGAUAACUUCUUCUACACUACAGAUGCUGGUUCGCAUACUGUGGCGAAGUGGAGAGUAGAAGGAGACGACCUUGAACUGGUUUGGGAGAGUGGGGUAAAAAUGAAGCCGGGUACCGACGAUAUUCAUUUCUGCAAGCCAACUGCUAUAGUCACAAAUGACGAGGGCGUAUUUGUCACGGAUGGUUACUGUAACAACCGAAUAGUGCAGCUAGACAUUACUAGUGGAAAAAGAAUGUUUGAAUUUGGCAUGUCCGGUCCUGGUUAUGGUACAUUCAAUCUCCCACAUGAUAUUGUAACAUCUUUCCCCAGCAAUCAUUUGUUUGUGGCUGAUCGUGAAAAUGGCAAAGUUCAAGAAUUCAACACCAGAGGGGACUUUGUGUUGGAGUGGAGUUCGAACCUUUUCUCAAAUAUCUAUUCGGUUGACACUCAUGAUGACUAUGUUUAUAUGGUCCCAGGACGAGCCGAUCGCAAUACUGUAGGCUAA